AUGUACUAUCAACUUACAUCGAAAACGUAUUGCUAUUAUUUAUCUCAAAUCAUGAAGUGGGAUAGUUUUGUUGAUGUGAUUCAAAAAAUCUCUGCUGGAACAUCGAUUUUCCUGAAUCUCGUUCUAACUUUUCUAAUCAUUAAAAAAUCGCCAAAACAACUUGGAUCAUAUAAAUAUUUGAUGAUUUAUAUUUCAUGGUUCGAAAUUUUAUAUUCAAUUAUUGAUGUUGUUAUUUCUCCAAUCAUGUUUUCCGACAGUUCUCUUGUAGUUGUUAUGAUACACAAAACCGCUUUCUUGAAUAGGAAAUCAUAUUGGAUUUCCCUUAUUCUAGUUGCUAUUUAUUGUGCAUGUUUUGGAACAUCAAUGGGAAUGUUUGGUAUUCAUUUUAUCUAUAGAUAUUUGGUCUCAAAUGGUUCGAACUAUCUUAAAACAUUUGAUGAUUAUCGAAUUAUAUUCUGGAUGUUAUUUCCAGUCGCGUCAGGAAGUAUUUGGGGAUCAAUCUGUUAUUUUAUGUUAGCUCCGUCGGAUGCUAUGAAUCAAAGAUUAAGCAAAAAAGUUAUGCUAACUUUUGGUUGGGAAAUUGAAGAUGUUGCGUAUCUCGGCCCAUAUUUUUAUCAAAUCCAACCCGAUGGAUCAUAUAUUAUUGAUAUAUCUUCAGUUUUAGGUGUUGGAAUUGCAUGGCUAUUUCUAUUUUCAUCUCUCAUCGCAAUUUUCUAUUGUGGAAUCCGAUGUUAUUUGAACUUGACUCAAGUGAUGAAUAUUAAAACAAAUGACAAAAAUGUUUCAAAAAAUUUCAAAAAUCUGCAAGCCCAAUUAUUUAACGCAUUAGUUACUCAAACUGCAAUUCCAGUUAUAUUAAUGCAUAUUCCACUUUCAAUUGUAAUUUUAUUUUCAUAUAUUGACAAGGAUUUAGGAACUUUAAGUGGAAUAUCAUCAAUUACAAUUGCAUUAUUUCCAGCGUUGGAUCCACUUCCAUCAAUGUUUAUAAUUCAAAAUUAUCGGAAAACUAUAUUUGGUCUUUUUAAAAUCACAAAAGUUAUAAGUAUUAACAAAAAAUGA